AUGCCGCGUUCCGUAAAGCGAGGUGGUAAGAAGAUCAAGCGGGUCACUAAGAAUCUUGGAAAUAUCGCUAACAAGAAAAAGAAGGCUGAAAAGAAUAAGAAAAAGCUGCGUUCCGCCUGUCAUCAGCUAGUGAAUGUAUGGGACAAGAAGCGAACGUUGGUGCAAAAUAUUGAAGAUUCGGGUUUGGCCUUCGAUGUGAAUAAGUCGAUUCCUCUAAAACAAGAUUUUCGCGUCGGCAUUGACCAACUUCCGAUGGAGCUUGGAGACGUAGAUGAAGCGAAGCAAAAGGGAACUGUCAAAAAACAGCGUGAUAGCAAGAAAAUUGCGAAAGUGAUUGGUGGCCUGGAAAUAGAACGACAGCAACUUGAAAAGAAGCAAGAAGGAAGAAAGCGAACGCUUCUUGACCGGGAUGUCCAGUUCUGUAUCUAUAUGUUGGAGCGACAUGGUGAUGAUUAUGAGGCAAUGAGUCGCGACAAGAAGAACCUUUUCCAAGAGACGCCCAAGCAGAUCCAGAAGAAGCUCAGAAUUUACAAGGGGUCGCCAUAUUACCAGGCACUUGAGACGGUGGAUUCG